GCGCCUCCAUACGACACUCAAAGACACUAGGAAAAAUGGCAGAAAAAAUGAAUCUGUCUUGAGUUAGGAAAAAAACAGUGUAAUAAUACCCUUCUGAACUGUGAUAGAAUUGUAAAUAUUAUAUAAAAAUGAGCACAAGAUUGAGACAAGAUGUCAAAUCACUCUUUGAAUUUUGGUGUGAAAUUGCUCCCCAGUGGAACAACAAUAAGGAAAAAACUAGCAAUUGUGCACGUAUUAUUGAAUGCUAUCCUGAGGCAGCACUCGAUGACAAGAUCCUCAAUGAUAUCACACAAUUUGUAUUCCCAUAUCAAAUCAAGAGUACCAGCAAUCACGUCCAAAUCUACUCUUUUGUGCUAACCAAUGCCGAUUCCAAAUGGAGCUUUGGAUUCUGUCGUCACGAGCCGGACUCCGAAGUGGCCACAGUGAUAUUCUCCUACCUUCCCUGGCACGAUGUUUUCCUUAGGCUAAUUAAUGUCUGUGUGGAACUUAAAAGGCACAAUAGUGCAGAAUUCCGGAGAUUUCUCCAAGAUAUCCAUAGCAAUGGAAUCCCAGAGCCUGGAUCAACAGUAAAUUUUUCUUAUGGCAAAGGAUCAUCUGUCUUCAUCCUCCGGACGCCUACACUCUUCUCUCUCCCGAGCAUUCCUGAAAAUCACAACUUAAAUAUGUACUACAAUUUCGUGCAUCCGGACAGUAUGAUUGAGAUCUUCGCGGCGAUGCUGACAGAGAGACGGAUCAUCUUUAUGUCACGCCACCUCGAUGUCUUGACAUCGUGUGUUCAGGCGGCUAAAAAUUUCAUCUACCCCAUGAUUUGGCAGCAUCUCUUCAUCCCCAUUUUACCCCUCAAAUUGAAAGACUUCCUCAUGGCGCCCAUGCCCUACUUAAUUGGUGUCUCAGAGGCUAUUUGGAAAUGGAUAAGACAAGAUGAAUUGGGCGAAGUAGUAAUCUACAAUUGUGACACUAAAGUCUUCAUUGCAACGUACAAUGAUGUAAAAAGUCUUCCACAUGAACUAGUAUCUGGCCUGAGGAAGAAGUUGGAAAAGAAGAAUCUACGUGGAGAUGAUCUGAGCAAGGCCUUUCUCGGAGUUAUAGUCCAACUGAUUGGAAGCUACCGGGAUGCUGUUAAAUUUAGCCAAUCGACCCAAGGGAGAAAAAUUAUUUGGGAUGGCGAUGCCUUCAUUGAAUCACGCCCAGUAACACUAAGACCUUUCCUUAAGAAAAUGCUGCAAUUGCAAAUAUUUCAGCAAUUCAUCGAGGAUAAACUCGAAGCUCUCAACACAGGACUUGGGUAUUCGGAUGAAUUUGAAUUGGAGACACUGCGCUAUGCAGAAAAGUCGACAAAUAAGGCGCAGCAGUACAAAGAGUUCCUCAAGAAUGUCAAGGAUAAGGUGAAAGGUGGUGGCAAAGGUGUGAAAAAUGUGUACCAAAACAUCAAGACCAAGUACCAAAUGACCUAUCCAUCGAAUUUCUAUCAACACAAGACGCACAAUUCGACGGAAUCUGUGGAUUUUUCCCCAUAUGAGACACUGUCUCUAUCACCGGGAUCACGGAGUCAGUCAAAUGCCUUCUCGCCUAGCCUUACGCGAUCGGAUAGCGACUAUUGCAAUCGAAAUAAGACAUCAAACACAUCAUCAUCGGCCUCAUCUUCUGACAUGAAUUUGCUGCAGGAAUUGCAGGAUCAUGCAUUCUUCAAAGCCUCCGCCUCCAGAAGGGCCAAAACUGCGAUUCUCUUGCAGGAAUCAUCAAGUACAGAUUUGCUGCAUUUGAAUGAUGAUGAGACAGUGAGCGAUAGGAGAAAUCACAAGAGCUCAAACAAUGAUCUGGACUUUUUGCUAUCGACCAAUGAUACGGCGGUGGCAGAAACAUCGUCAUCUGUGACGGGAUUCACAAAUCCACUCUACCCAUAUUUUAUACCAAAAUCAUCAGACACAUCCAAACAAGCUUCACCAACUCACAAAACGGAAGAAUUGGAACUGCUGAGGCAAUAUGGCCUAGAUAAGUUCUCCUAAAUUUAAUCACUAAAUUAGGGAAAAUAUAUUAAAAGACUCGCUUCACUUUUUUUUUCCAAUUUUUGAAACAUUUAUCGGAAAAAAUAUAUAUUCUCUAAAAUUCUUCACAAAAAAUUUUCACAUAGAUUUUUUUCUCUCCUUUUUUUUGUCAUAACAUUUUACAUUACAUACAGUCAUUAAAUAUAGCGACAAAAUGCUAAAAUUGGUCAUUUCUAACAUAAAAAAGUUUGAAUAUAUUGCCCAAAGAGUCAAAAAACAUGAUUAUAUUGGUGCUAUUUCGAUUGAAUAUCUCUUUCAGCAAGUCUUUCUAAUUCAUCAUCCUUUUGUGCAAUAUCUCUAUCGCUCUAGGUUUUCCAAAAUUGCAUGGAGUUUAUUGGAAAUCCUUUGUACACAACAUCUCUAAAUAUAUAUA